UUUUAAAACGCGCAAAAACACGGCGGCAAAAAUCUCGAAUACAUGCGUGCGAGGCGAUAGAAUGAGAGAAAUUGUAUGUUUUUUUUUUUUUAAAUUACGAGGGAUAUAUCUCCGAGAGGGUGUCAAAUUCGGAGUCUUUUAAUCGCAGUGACGCCGCGAACGGACGGUCUUUAAACAGCUGAUCGGCACGUGUCGCUAAAAACGAUGAUCCAAUUUUGCGGAUCGCUUCUUUGUUUAUACAUCAUGCCCUACAAAAAUUGACUCUUCAUCCUUUAAACAACUGAUGUCGUUGAUGUUUGGAAUUUCGCAUACGUUUAUAACGAGCAAGACGAUACAACUACGUGCAUUUGAGUUACGAAUCCGAAUAAAAACUGAACCAGAGAUCUGAAUCCGCGAGAUGGAUUUAUCGUUACAGCGCGUUAUCGUGAAGGAUCCGUGAUAUCUUGUUAAGUCAUACGAGAGAGGAAGAACAGGAAAGUCACGUUAUAUUCUGCCGAGUACUGCUUAUUAUUGUUUUGUGCCAAAUUAAAUUUGAUUCGAGGCUCAUUCCUAUAUCACUUCCACGUGAUAGAACAACGCAACCAAAAUCGCGUCACGCGCAUUGGCCAACUUUGAGAAAGCUACUUGAAAUGCAGAGCAGCGGUUGAGCCGAUUCGCGUGCCGGAAGAUCGACGGCGGGCUUAUCGGCGACAAAUAGUCCCCAGGUGUACUUACGAGAGUAUCACGAAGACGCGACGGAAGAGACGCGUUUUCAUUGAGAAUGUCGCCGGGCGAAGAGAAAACAUCGCCCAUCAUGUGCACCACGCCGGAGAUGGAGAUUUACAGCGCGACGCUUAAGAGGCGACAGAUCGCGAACGUGGACGAAGCGAUAGCGCAGAAGGAUGUCGAGUCAACGGCCAAGGACGUAUAUGUACCGCGGAUCAAGUGGCUGGAUCUCAGCGCGCAAAUCUUCAUUCACGCUGGUUUCCUCUAUGGGCUGUACCUGGUGCUUACGCAAGCGAAAUUGCUUACGACGCUAUGGGUGUUCAUAACGAUUUAUACGUCCGGCUUUGGCAUUACGGCUGGCGUUCAUAGAUUAUGGUCGCACAAGGCUUACAAAGCAAAGUGGCCUCUACGUCUGCUUCUAGUCUUACUGUUCACGAUAACAGGACAAAGAGAUGUGUACACGUGGGCGUUGGACCAUAGGGUGCAUCACAAAUAUAGUGAAACCGACGGGGAUCCGCAUGACGUAAGGAGAGGUUUUUUCUUUGCGCACGUGGGGUGGCUUUUUACGACACCCCAUCCCGAUGUCGUUGCCAAACGCAAAGCAAUCGACAUGAGCGACUUGGAAACGGAUUCCAUAGUUAUGUGGCAGAAAAGAUUGUACAUACCUCUAUUUGCGCUUCUGACCAUUGGACUUCCGGUGAUAGUUCCUUAUUACUACUGGUCGGAAUCAUUAUGGAUUUCAUUCUGGGUGAACUUCAAUUUCCGCUUCUGCAUAAAUCUAAACAUAGCCUUUUGCGUCAAUAGCGUGGCGCACUUGUGGGGACAGAAGCCCUAUGACAAGAACAUUUCGCCAGUCGAGAACUUCGCAGUAUCGAUCGCAUCGCUCGGCGAGGGAUAUCACAAUUAUCACCAUGUAUUUCCAUGGGAUUAUAAGACUAGCGAAUUAGGCGAUUAUUCAUUCAAUCUCACUACCGGUUUUAUUGACACUUUCGCACGGAUCGGUUGGGCCUACGAUCGAAAGUACGUCUCGCCGGAGAUGAUCCAUCGCAGAGCGCAUCGAUGCGGCGAUGGGAGCCACGUUUGGGGUUACGGUGACGUCGACAUAUCGGAGGAUGAUCAAACGGAGUUGGAUAUGAUGAAUAAUCACGAAUUGUGAGACUGAGAACGUGGAAUCGUAUCGUGAUCCUUUCGGAUGGAUCGAAAAUAUAUAUCGAGAAUAUUUCCUUAGUUAUCGUACACGGACAUUUCUCUCGCAGAAACAAGAACUGGAGUAAAACUGAUACGGAGAUGUGUGAUUCUCUGUGAUUUUGAAUUCCACGCCCAAAGUACUAUAUUGCCAAGAAAUAUUUAUAUUCCAAUGGUUAUGGUUAUUUGAUGAAAUGUUUUAAUCAAAACGCACAGUGUUGAUUCUCGAUUAUAAAGCGCGAGUAGAAAAUUAAUCUUCUCUUUAAUUAUGAAAAUUACAUAAAUCAAAGACCAUUUAUAAAAUUUAUUGUA